AUGGACCCUUACCUAUCGCGGACGCUCACGUCACUCACACGAGGCAAGAUCUACGAGCUCAAAAAGCAGUGCGAUGUUACACAAGCCUCCGGGACCGUGUCGCGAAUCUUCUUUGCCAGCGCCAAACGACUCGUUCCAGAACUGAACCAUGACGGGACACUUCUGAAUAUCGAACACUGGGUUGAGCAAGCACGAUUCGACACUUCAAUCCCAACCGAAAAACUCGAAGACUUCGAGGAUCAUCUGCGCAAUCAGCUCGAGACCUAUAGUCGGAAACACAACCUCGCCGGUUUAUACUCGCAUCUUCUCACGGAGUGGAUGAACCCACCCAUACCAACAAACCGAGAAUGA